ACACACAUAACUCCACAUUUUCAAUCCUAAAUAUCUUACAUAGAAACCGAAAUAAAAUAAAACAAAUACAAUGAACAUAGGCCCAAGAAAAUCAAUAAGGACGACGUACAGAGGUACAAAGUUAAGACCAUGUCGUCUUGAUUACAAUGAUGAGCGCCUGUGGGAACUAAGUUAUUUGAAGGCCAAAUGCAAGGAGCUACGUUUAGAGGAAGAGUAUGAGCGUUAUCAGGUCCGUCUGCUGAUCAGUUAUCUCACCGUAUUCUACCUUCUGUUCAUAUUUGUGAUGGGUAGCUUGUUCGUAACUCUACUACUUUUCGUCAGGCCCUUGGAGGUCAUAUACUUUGAUUUGAUCACCUGGUCCUUAGCGUUUUUGCUCGUUUUAUCAUUGUUGAGUAUCAACUUGUUCGAACAUUUUGUAAAUCGGCACAGGUGGGUUAUGGUUUUGAGCUCAGUUUUGGCGACAUAUGUUCUAGUAUUCACUGACAUUGCGCAGAACUCGUAUCAUCAUUCCCAGAGAAGCUGGCCCCUAAACGCCUCCUUUGACGUAUUCGUGCUCUGCAUGAUUUACAUGUUCAUGCCGAUUCCCUCGAUCAUGGGAGCUGCCGUUCUAGCCACCUCGGUCAGCAUUAUUUACGUGGUCUACUUCCUGCACUUCCUCACGUUGAACCCGGGUUUCGCCCUCCGCGACUCGUUCGGCUACGAUGUGAUGUUUGUCGAUAUACUGCACUACUUGGGCUUCAACCUGAUGGGCAUAUUCUUCCGCAUCAUGAACGACACCAUGGUGCGCGCCUCCUUCCUGGAUCGCCACCAGUUCAUCAUGGAGGAGACGUGGCUGCGCAACGCCCUGCUCCAGGAGUCGAUGCUUGUGAACAGCAUCCUGCCGCCCCAAAUUGCCAAGCCCAUCCAGGACAGCAUCAAGAACAAGAUCAUCCAGGCUGAGACCGGCCCCGACCGCUUCCACCUGGGUGGCUCCCGCAGAAAGGAGAACUUCAUGGCCAUCCAGAUCCACCCCGAUGUCAGCAUCCUCUACGCCGACGUGGUGAACUACACCCACCUGACCACCACCCUGACGGUGGAGGAACUGGUGAAGGUGCUCCACGACCUGUACGGCAGAUUCGACAUGGCUGCCUCCCAUUUCCGGGUGCAGCGCAUCAAGUUCCUGGGUGAUUGCUACUAUUGUGUGUCGGGCCUGGCCAGACCUGAUCCCGAUCACGCAAGUAUGGCGGUGUCCCUGGGCCUUGCCAUGAUUGCGAACAUCCAGGAGGUGCGGGCGGAACGAGAAUUGGAUAUCGACAUGCGCAUAGGGGUCCAUUCGGGGUCUCUGCUGGCGGGAGUCAUCGGAGAGGCCAAGCUGCAGUUCGACAUUUGGGGUGUCGACGUGGACAUCGCCAAUCGCCUGGAGGCAACUGGAAAACCGGGCUUUGUGCACGUCAGUGGGCGGACUUUGAGUAACCUGAAGGCAACCGAUUAUGUAAUAAUGCAGAGCACAGAAAAGGCUCAAAAUGAUCCCAUGCUGAAAGCCAUGAGAACCUAUCUAAUUACCGGCAUAAACCGCGAUUCAAUCCGAAGCAUGGAUGGAGUCCUCUCUGGGGCCAGUCUGGAAAUUAAAACAAUAGACAAGGAGCGGCCAACCAUGGCCAAUCGCAUCUCAAUGUCCGAAGAGUUGCGUGCGGAGUUCCGCAAAAUGCCAGUUGGGGGCAUAGACUUCCGAUUGCUGUGCUGCUGCCGCAAAUCUCGUCGCGAGAUUGAUCAGAAAGGCCAAAUAGGGAUUUUUUGCGCAGCGUUCAAGGACUCAUCUCUGGAAUGGAAUUAUCUGCACCAGCCGGACUUUAUUUUCAAGUCCUCAAUGCUGCUGGCCUGGGGCAUUGGGUGCUGCCUGAUCUACAUCCAGAUCGUGACCAAUAAUUUUGUGUGCAAGGAAUGCAUUGUUGUCGACCUAUUUGCGCUUUUCAUACUGACCUUCAUGCUGUGCAUCGCGUGGUACAAAAAAGUGUGUUGGUGGAGAAAUGGACGCGGUGAAUCUACUAUUUACGGCAAACACAGCUGCAUGAUAUUUAAAAUGUUUGAGAAGAUACAGCACAGUGCGACUCUGCGCAUUACCGCCUAUUUGCUGAUCAUAGUGUGCUACUACGCCGUAAUUUCCCUAAUAAUCUUAAACUGUGACCGCGACCAAUAUGAGCUAAGUUAUAUUGAGAGCAAGCUUUUUCACUACGAAAUGGAUCGGGAUAUAUGCUUCCAUCCGUGGGCCUUUACGAAUAUGAUAUCCCUGAUUAUUGGCAUGAGUUACACCUUCGCGCGCAUCCCGUUCGCACUCAAGAUGGUUGUCAGUGGCUGCGAGACCAUUGCCUUCGUCUUAAUCGUGUUUUUCCAGUACGGGUUCGUUUUCCAGCAUAGCGCCACCACCACUCCGUAUUUAAAAGCGGAAAUAGCGCACUGUUUCCGGGUUUGCAUGAUGCUGGUCACUUUGUAUGCGAAGGAGCGGCAGGCGGAGUUCAACACCAAAAUUAACUACAAACUCAACGUAGACUUGCAUAAAAAGCAAAAAGCGGCCGAUGUUACAAACCAAUCAAUUAUAAUUCUGCUGAAUAACAUUCUUCCUUCUCAUGUUGUCGACCUCUACCUCAACUCCAUAGCAAACCACGAACUCUACUAUGAAAAUUAUCAAAUGGUUUCAGUCAUGUUCGCCAUGCUAAUUAAUUUUCAAAUGGAUUUGCCCAGCUUACGAGUUCUGAACGAUAUCAUAACGGAGUUCGAUAGACUGUUGACUACCUACAAAGAAUAUUACGUGGUUGAGAAGAUCAAAGUUGUGGGUUGCACAUAUAUGGCAGCUUGUGGAUUGGAUUUUAACUUGGCUUCAAAAAUCCGAAACAACAAUGAAUUUCGUAAUAGUUCACUUCAGUUCGAAUUGGAGCGGGUGCUCAAUCACAGGUCGUCCGACGAUAAAAACGAGAUCGAAAACAACAACGAUGAAGUAAUCUUCAUGAUGACCACCUUCGCCCUGGACCUAAUGCGAACCCUAUCGGCGUGUAACAAGGCCUACUCGAAUAUUCACUUCGAUCGGGCCCUGUCCAGUGGAGAGAUCUGCAUCGGCAUCUCCAGUGGGGAGAUAAUGGCCGGAGUGGUUGGCGCUUCCCAGCCGCACUACGACAUCUGGGGAAAUCCGGUCAAUAUGGCCUCUCGGAUGGAGUCGACGGGGCUGCCUGGACACAUCCAGGUGACGGAGGAGUCGGCCAAAGUUCUCGAGGAGUUCGAUAUUAAGUGCAUUUUCCGCGGCUUGACCUUUGUGAAGGGGCGCGGUGAAAUUCCAACCUACUUUGUGGGCAUCGAUGAAAACUUAAAAUUUAUAUCCUCGAAAUUGGUCGAUCGGACUUCAUCUAGACGUUUUUCAGUUAUGUCCUCACUAGAUCCUGAUGAUCUAGAAGAUGACUCGUCUAUUGAGGAAGAGAAAAAUGAGUAGCUCGACAAAUUUUGGACUAUUGUUUCAAAAAUAUAUAUUUAAUACAAGUCGAUAGAAACAGCUGCCACAAUUGGUUAAUAAAAUUAAAUACGUUAAGCCUAAAUAAACUUAUAUUACACUA